AUAAUACAAUCACCAUUGGCAUUGGCAUCGAUAUCGUCUCCGCCAAAGCUAGUCCUAGGCCUGUGAUAUGGCGGCCUUUCAAAAGGACAGGUGCUUCCAGCUUGAAUUGGCACUCUACACGUGCUGUCCAUAGCUCCUGCUUGUAAUUGUCUCAGCAGCACGACUUUGUCCCUAGAAGACUUAGAAGAAGCGGCCCGUCAGCUGGAGCGCUCAUGUUGCUUUGUAGUGAGCAAUGUGAUAAACCGCAGCUUUGCUUUGCCCCUUUUGGAGCACCGGCUGCCGCCAGGAUGCGCCGCUGGUUGCUGCUUGGCUUUCUGUCUGCUUGCCUCUGUGUUGGAGAAGUUCUUGGCAGCAGCUAUGAGGCCUCCGCUCGCGCAGAGGUCGCUGGCUUGCUCACGCCUUUCGGCAGCAGGGCUGCCGCUAAAAGAGGCGACCAGCGGCGGCGGCAGCUGUUGGCGGACUGGAACAAAGUGACCGCGGAAGACUCAUUGGUGGACCUUCUGAAGCAAGGUGACGCUGGCAUUCGCCCCGACAAGGUGGACCAGGUGGAGGUGGGGAAUGUGCUGCUGGACGCUCCGCGCUACCACAGCAAUAAGGAGCUGCAGGAGUACCUGCACGGCUUUGUGCGCCGCUGCGGCCAUGUGGCCAGCCUGGAGCAGUUCGGCAACAGCACGCUGGGCACCCCGCUGUGGGCCCUUGAGAUCUCCGAUCAUCCGGGGGUGGAAGAACCAGAGCCAGCAUUCAAGUUUGUGGGCAAUAUGCACGGCGACGAGCCUACCGGACGGGAGCUGGUGCUCUUCCUAGCGGAGUGGCUGUGCGCAAAUCACAAGGUGGACCCGCAGGCUAAGCGCAUAGUGGAGCGGCUGCACCUGUAUCUGGUGCCCAGCCUCAACCCGGACGGCUUUGCCCGGCGCCAGCGCGGCAACCCCAACGGCAUUGACCUCAACCGCGACUUCCCCGACCAGUUCUUCACCAACAACAACGACCUUGCGCAUCGCCAGGCCGAGACGCAGGCGCUUAUGAACUGGACUCUCAGCCACACCUUCACAGCAGGGGCCAGCCUGCACGAGGGUGCUGUGGUGGCCAACUACCCCUGGGAUGGCUCAACCGACCAAGGCACGCACUACGCAGAGGCCCCCGAUGACACCGCAUUUCGCCACCUGGCGAGCGCAUAUGCUCAAGGGCACGCACACAUGUGGAACAGCUCUGAGUUCAAGGGAGGCAUAACCAACGGGGCAGCCUGGUAUCCGCUGUACGGUGGCAUGCAGGACUGGAACUACCUCCAUGGGGGCUGCCUAGACAUCACCAUCGAGGUCAACGAGAACAAGUGGCCCCCGCCGGAACAGCUGCCGUCCCUGUGGGCGGAGCACAAGGGCGCCAUGCUGGCCGUCCUGGACAUGCUGGUCAAGUCGGGAUUGCAUGGGACGGUGAUCUCUUCCGAGGACAAGCGGCCGCUGCUUGCGCAAAUCGACGUUGAGGGUGCGGGCCGCCCGGUGCGGACGCGGGCGCUUUUGGGCGACUACCACCGUGUCCUUGCACCUGGCACUUACAUCGUCCACGUGUCAGCCCCAGGGUUCAAGAACGAGACGGCUACAGUCAUCAUUGAUGCGGACGCCCCCAGAGUGCUAGACUUUCGGCUGACAGCCUCCCCUGCAGGGACGCCCAGCAGACGCAGUGAGGGGGGUGCGUUUGUGGAGGGGGCCGACGGGGAGGGGCCUUUGAAUGUGGGCAGCAGGGUCGGGGGCCGAAAUGUGACGCAGCCGCUGCUUGGGAAGGACAAUGCGACGUGGGGCGUGGCGGCGGGUCAAGAGGAACGGAGUGUGCGGGCGCUGUCCCCAGCAGACACGACGGCCGGGGAUCGCAGCCUUGCACGGCCGCAGGCAAGGGUGGGAGCGGAAGGGGGCCGGUGGGAUGCCGGGGGGGAACUAGAGGAGGGGCGCGGGGUUAAGCUGCCCCAGGUACGAGAAGCAGACGCGGUGAUGACGAAGGGGGAGUGGGGGAGCGAAGGGCAGGUUGGAGGGCAGGAGAGGCAGGAAGAGGCGUUGACACAGGCCCGGCUACGAGGGGCGCAGGGGCAGCGGGGGAUCAGCCUGGAGGAAGGGCGGGGGCGAAGCGGGGACGGGGAGGAGGACGCAGAAGACGAGGACGAAGGCGGGCAGCGCCGGGCGGUGCCGCGGGACAGGCUGGGGGCAGCAAAGGGCGCGUUCGACGCCAAGGACGACCGGAAGCGUACGGGCGACUUCGGGCAGAACGCAGCGUGGGUAGACACGGGGGGAGGGGAACGGGAGGUGGUGGCCGGCGCCAAGAGGGCGGCAGAGCGGAAGCGGGUGGAGUGGGGGGUGGGUGGGCGGGAGAACGUGGGCGGGGGGGACGGCCUGGACGAGCGGUUCCGGGAAGCAGGCAACGGAGGGAGGCUCGAGGCCCUGGGAGGAGUGGACACAGCCGAAAGUCGGGACCCGAGGAUAGGGGGUGCAGGCGCCGGAGACCUAGAUCCAAAUGGGGACGAGAUCUUCGUAGGCAAAUCGGACGGCGAGAGGCCGUUCAUUCCAAGAACAGGGACGUUCCCUGACUCCCCAGGCAACGAGCAGCGGACUCUAGAUUCAUACUAUGCGGAGGGGCGGUCGACGUGGCACCAUCUGACGAUGGCCAUGGCGGUUGUCUUUACAUUCAUGUUGCUCAUACUCUGGAGUUGGCUGCGGGGGAGAAGGACGAGAAGCUACAUGGUGCGCGGCCGGCCUGCGCGAAUUGCGCGAGUCCCACAGAUAGGCGGUCCGGGUCUCUUUCGGGACUGAGCUCUUACAGGUGACCUGGCAACUUACAUACAGAUAUCACUGGCCGUGUACUCUACUUGAAUAUUAUCAUCUUGGUUUCAAUGUUCUUGCACCUGUUAGCGUUCCGUAGUGCGUCUGUGCUUGAUAAACAGAUUCAGCAACGUUUACAGAGUUGUCUGCUUGGCUAAGCAAUUCAGAAUGGCGGCGCACGCGAAUUACGUCCAGACGUAUGCAGCCAGCGCCGACCAAGUUCAUG